AACACGCAAAUACUUUGUUCCAUCUUCAACACGUUAAAAACAACUACUACAACGUCAGAAAUAUUUUUAUUUUUAUCUAAGCGCAGACAAAAAAUAAAUCCAAAAACUUUCUGUUAAACACAGAGAUUAGUGGUUCAACAAAACCAGCAAUUGCAAAACAGGAAGAUUAUUUUAAUCACAUAUUGACCCUCAAAAGUUUCCCACCCUGUGUUUGACGUCAUUGCUUGGGCAAUCAUGAAAACACCAGUUUCCGCUGCUGCGAAUUUAACCAACCCAAAUGCUGCCAGUUCUGGAACAGCAGCCGUGCAAAUCGUACCAAAAACAGAACCCGUCAGUGAAGAAGGAGUCCCCAUGUCGCUGGACUUUCAGAACGCGAACCUUACAACAUCCACCCCGAAUACCAAUAAACGUCCCGGUUCCCUGGAUCUGAAUAGCAAGGGCGCCAAGAACAAACGGAUUUUUGCGCCGCUGGUCAUCAACUCACCAGAUCUGCAGGCCAAAACACUAAAUACCCCCGAUCUGGAAAAGAUUUUGAUGUCGAGCAACCUUAUACAGACGCCGCAACCGGGCAAGGUAUUCCCCACCAAGGCGGGGCCCGUCACCGUGGAGCAGGAGGCCUUUGGCAAGGGAUUCGAGGAGGCUCUGCAGAAUCUACACACCAAUUCGCAAGCUUUUCCGGCCGUCAAUACUGUUCAAAACACCACAACAACUGGCGGAACAACCAUGACGGCGGUUAACAAUGGCAUCAGCGGAGGCACCUUCACCUACGCCAACGUAGGCGACGGCUUCCCGGUGAUCAAGGAUGAACCUGUGAACCCAGCCGGCUCACCGACUGUCAGUCCCAUUGACAUGGAAACGCAGGAGAAGAUUAAGCUGGAGCGCAAGAGGCAGCGCAAUCGUGUGGCCGCCUCCAAGUGCCGCAAACGCAAGCUUGAGCGCAUCUCCAAGCUGGAGGAUCGCGUCAAGCUGCUCAAAGGCGAGAAUGUCGAUCUGGCGGGCAUUGUGAAGAACCUCAAAGAUCAUGUGGCGCAACUGAAACAAAAGGUAAUGUUGCACAUUGAAGCCGGUUGCACAGUUCCCCCGAAUUCGACGGCCUUGCACGCGGACCAAUAACAUUUAAGGAAUUCGGAUGGGGAGGAGAAGGACGAUGGAGAGGAAGAUGUGGCACUGGAGACUAAUACUCCCUCGAAUCGAGAAGUUCCCGAGCAGUCCACGCCUCUGGAACUCUUUUUAAGUGCCACCACAAGUGCUCUAGAGCUGGAGGACACGCAAGAUAUCUCCAUAAACAAUAGCGACCUUCUGGGGGAGAAUAGCGAGAACGAACAGCCCCUGGUGCUCUACAUUCUCUCGGACGAUGCAACCUGAGGAUUUGUGCCUUUUCACUUCGUACCACGGCUUUUGGUCACUAGCUGCAAUAUCUGGAAUGCUUCUUAAGUGUUUUGUUUACUUAGUUCUUAGUUUAAGCUACCAUAAAUCAAGUAUUAUCUGUGUUGAACGUAAGAUAAUAUAUAAUGUAAAAAUACACGUAUAUAUUUGUAUGUAAUUGAUAUAUACAUUAAAAAAUUAAUUCUACACCUAAAA